AUGUAUUCUAAGAUAGCACACCCGUUUGGGGUUUCAGGGACUGCCAAACCUGACCACUCCGAGCCUGUCCCUGCCGAACCUGGCUCGCCACCAUGCAUGGCUGCCGAAUCUGCAAUGUUUCUUAUAAAGCGGACGGCUGCUCAGAGCCCUUCGGAUGUGGAUAAAGCUGCACUGUUGAACUUUAAGGCCCACGUGACAGACGACCCUACGGGUGCGCUUGACAACUGGAACCCCAACGAUCCCGACCCAUGCAGCUGGACGGGCAUCGACUGCAACCCCUUCUCUCGCCGCGUCACCUCCCUCUCCCUCCCCUACCGCACCCUCUCCGGCACUCUCGACCUCCCAGACCCUUCCCUCGCCUCCCUCUCCGACCUCCUCCAUCUCUCCCUCCCCGGAAACUUCUUUCCAGGCUCCUUCCCCUCCGCCCUCUCCCGCCUCUCCUCGCUUCAAACCCUGGACCUGUCAGAAACGGAGCUCUCAGGGGAAAUCCCCGGAAAUACCCUCUCCGCCCUCCGCCAUGUAGCCGUUGUAGACCUUCACAAAAACGCCCUCUCGGGGUCAAUACCCCCGGAAAUCUCCGCUCUCAACUCUUUAAUCAAGCUGGAUUUGAGAGAAAACGCCCUCUCCGGCCCUCUCCCUUCCGAAAUGCAGACACUAGGGCAGGUGCAGGACAUACUACUAGACUACAACCAGCUAUCUGGUCCACUCGCUCCAGCCCUCUUAGUCUCGCUUCCAAUCGUCCAGACCAUCUCGGUCCGGGGGAAUGGGUUCGAAGGGGAGGUGCCUAAAGAGUUUGGGUAUGCGCAGCGGCUUUCUAGGCUGGAUUUGGGCGGGAACAGGCUGACAGGGAGCAUUCCCGAGACGUUUGGGCAGAUGUGGAGCUUAACGGCUCUUCGGUUAGACUCUAAUAACAUCGGCGGGACGAUCCCUACGAGGCUGAAUACGCUGUCGCAGCUGCAGGUGCUGACGCUGAACGGGAAUGAUUUGGUAGGGGAACUUCCCCCGUUUAAUGGGCUGGAGAGUCUGGUCCAGUUCGACGUUUCGAAUAAUGAUUUGUUUGGAUCGACGCCCACGGAAGGGCCGUUAGCGAAGUUCCCUCCAUCCUCGUUUGAAGGCAAUCCGGGGUUGUGUUAUGGGGAGUAUUCUCCCCCCUCCGCCUGUCUCCCCCUCACCCCCUCCCCCCGUUCAACCUCCCCCUCCCGUUCUCUCUACACCUCCUCCCCUUCUCCCUCCUCCUCGUCCGCCUCUCCCUUCCCCGCCUGUGCUUCUACCAGCUCCCCCUUUUCCUCCCCCUAA